UAAAGAAUGAACAUAAUCUAUGUCACAGAUCACUAUAGACUAGAAAAUCUAUGUUGGUUGCCUGGCAACGGACAACGGAUUUGAUUGAAAACAAAAAAUGCACAAAAGAGUUUUUGCUUCACGAAAAGACAUGCGAGGCAUUUAAGGACAGUGAUGAAGAGAUUAAAAUGAUAUUUAAUGAAAUUAAAAAGCUCUCCGACUCAAAGAACUUAGUCCACGAGGUAGAUGAAGACAAUGAUGAUGUCGAGCAAAUUCUGAAAAGAGCCGAAAAUAUCGCUCAAGAAACAGAAAAUUUGCUAAAAAGCAGCCCUGUAUCGAUAAAUGGAAUUCGCCCUUACUUGGACACUGGGAAUAUACCACAAAUAAAGGUAACAAAGCCAAAUGAAAAUGUUUGCAGUGAAGGACGCAAAACUCCGAAUAAGACAAGCCAAAUUUCGAACGCAAAACAAACCACAAAAGAAAACAACGAAGUGCGUCGAAAACCAAAGCUAAGGCCUUUCUCUGCUGGCGUCAUCGAUUCCAAGAAAAAAGAGGCCGCGAAAGUAGCUAGAUUAACGAAUUCACCGAAAAAAGUACCAACUUGUAAACAUGACACCCUAAUAGAGGAGUUAAAGGAUACAAAUGAAAGAGUUAAAAGCUUGGAGCUAUUAAAUGUACAUCUAACAGAUGACAAUAAAGUCCUACGCAAAAAAUUGGAUCAAAUCAAUGAAGACAAGCAUGUUGCGGAAUUAAAAGUGGCGGAAUGCGAAAGAUUUGUCAAUCGGCUAUCAAAAGAAUACGAAAACAGAAACACAGACUUGAAAACUAGCAAACAGAAUGAGAACAGUCUAAUGGCGGAGUUGAAUAAAGAACGAAAUGAGAGGAAAAAUUUGGCUAUACAACGGGAUAAAGAUGUUGUGAUCAUACACGAUCUACAAAGACAAGUGAAAGAAAUGGAGUUGAUACUAAAAAGAAAACAUCCGGACUCGGUGUCGGCGUUAAUAGUUGCCGCUAAAUCAUCAUCGGUUGAAGACAACAAAAAGAAACUGCUAGAAGAACGUAUCGCACGAUUGGAACAGGAAUUGAAAGACAAAGAAAAUCAUUUUCAAACCAUACUAGUGACGCUUCAGGAGAAGUUUGGCGACAUGAAACAGAAGUACGAGAAUCAUAUAAUAGACGUCGAACGCCAGUUGAUGGAGGACCGAAAAGUUAAUAACAAUUUAAAAAGUAAAAUAAACAAACUCAAUUUGAAGGAUGUAGCUAUUCAAACUGCCACUAAGAAUUUGCAUACCACAGGCACUCAGACUUUCAUUAAAUCUGAUAGGGCGUCCUCUGCUGUUACAAGGUUAACACAAAACUCAGCGUUAAUAUUUAACAAGUUAAAGGAAGACAGUUAUUUGGUGGCGACUAUUAAAGGAUUGCAAGCCGAGCUUACUGUGAAACAACGCACGAUAUCCAAGAUAAACAGAGAAACUGAGGAACUGAGGAAGAACUUGCGGAAUUUACAGAAAGAAAAAGAAGUACUACUCAACUUGAAUCCCCAAAAGAAAACGGCCAAGCAAGCGAAAUCUACUGAGAACAUAAUAGCACGAGUGAACACAGAAAUGGAGGCGGAACUGAGCGAGACGAGGAAGCAAAAGGAGACCCUCAUGGAGGACAGGGUCGGACUGCUGGCGUCGUUGAAGCGAACUAACGAGGAUUUGAUAAUGCUGAAGAAGAAACGCAUACAAGAUCUUCACACAUUACAAUUAGCUCACGAGAAGGAGCUGAUGCAGAUGAACAUGCAGCUCUACCCGCUGCAGGAGGAGAUCAAACUCCUCAACAGGACGGUGGAGAUUCUGCAGGAGAGGGUCCGGGCGGCGGACGACAAGAUGCUGAAGUAUCAGGGCUUGAAGUGUAAUGUGCACGCAGGGGGGGAUAAUGCUGCCAAGAAUGAUUGAUGACUUGGUGGGUGAUGAAAUCGCCAUCAUCAGGGCAUAUCCCCAGAGUGGCGUGCAAAAGGUUUUAAACUGGGGUACGCAUUAGGUACAGCUUGGCAAAAUGUGUAGAAACGGAACUAACUUUUUUUCCCUUUUUCAACACUAUUUAACAUGUCAGCUGUUGGUGUAUAUGCUGUCAAAAGUGGUUAUUCUGUCGGCUUUGAAGGUUAUGUUGUUAUGGUUACGUUUACGUUUCUCGUAUUCGUGUUGUAUCAUAUCAUAUUGGCGAUAGUGGCGCCUCUAUUUUAAUUUCUACUCUUUUUUGCCAGGUUAUAUACUUCGUAAUCGUAACUAUAGUCGGAUGCAAAUCUUUAUGACCUCUCCGGGUGACCAUACGUGCAGAGCCUUGUGGUACGACGAUUCUCUUUCUACAAACGCUAACGCUUCGAAAAUUAAAAAAAUGUAUGGGAAUGAAAUUCAUUAUCGACAGAUCACGUGAUCUGUCAUUCCCAUCAUACAUUUUGUUAGUUUUCGAAGCGUUAGCAUUUGUAGAAAUAGAAUCGACGUGCCAGUUGGAUAAGGCAUAAAUCAAGACGCGUGAGGCGACUUUCGUGCGCGGGGUGAUACCCUGCCGCCGCGCCUCUAUGUAACGGAUGAUACCUAAAAUAUUGUAUUGCGCAGCUUAACGCACGCUAUUCAGAAAGCUCAUAAAGAUUGCAUCCGACUAUACAAAUUGCACAAAAUGGAAAAUUCAUUUUUCAAUACAUAUCGUAUUUUGUAACGAUGUUCUGUGUGAGACUCGUGUCUAUCUCUCUCUGUCUACACCAUACUAUUUGAUAGAAAUAAAAAGAAUUUGAAACUCACUCUUUCGAGUUAAAAGAACGUUCUUACAGAAUAGCGCUCCAGGUAGGUAAUUGCGUAACUUGAUCGCAUAUGUUUGACAGCAAAUUCAUUCCUUUAAAGUUGUCAAACUGACAGUUUUCCUAGGGAUUUGACAUUUAUUUGACGUAAAUUUCAUUAAAUGUAACUGUCAAACGGAUCCGAUUAAGUUACGAAAUUACCCACCUGCUUCGUAUUGCUCAGGGUAGAUAAUGCUUUUUUAUACCUAUGAAAUGCAUGCCAUUUUGAUUUUGAAAUGAAAGAAAAUUCAGAAUUUCUUGAACUCAAUAUAUACAGUAUACUGUGUAUAUUAUAAACGCGAAAGUUUGUAUGGAUGUUGGUUACUCUUUAACGCAGCUAUUACUGAAGCUAUUUUCUAGAGUUUCUAGAGUAUUCAUUUUCUAGAGUAUUAAUUUCUAGAGUUUUGUAGGCAGCCAGAAACCGGAAACCAUUAUAUUAUAACCGUAAUAUAGUUAUAAUAUAUCCCAAAUACAGCCUAAUGGAUAAAAGAAUCUAGAUAAAAAUUGGCAUUUUUCGAUUCAGGAAUUGGUUUUUGCAAUAUUCAGUUUUAAAUUGCUACAUUUAGUGCUCACUGCACAAAAAUAUUUUUUAAAAUGUCCUUUGGAAUGGAUAUAGAUUUUACUAGAUUUUACAUAGGCUACUCUUUGUCCCGAAUAAAUCCAUGGUUUCCCGAGAUUUGCAAAAAACUGAUAAUUUUGAUGGUAUGAAUGUUUUUUACUCUUUCACGCCGUGACUACUGAACCGAAUUUCAAGUUUGAAAUAGAUGUAGAUUAUAGCGUGGAUAAACUAUUUUUUAUCCCGAAAAAAAUUAUAGUUCCCGCGAGAUUUGUGAAAAAUUGAAAUGCACGCGGACGAAGUCGCGGGCGUCCGCUAGUUUAUCUAAAUUACGUGUAGAUACCAGUGGUGAAGGCUGGAAUUUUAUCGAAGGUAACCCAUGUAAAGGAAAUAUAUACCGUGUGAUAUGGAUUCUCAUAUUAUAUCCAUACAUAGGUACAUCAUAUUCAUUACAGUAAUGAAUAUGUAUGGAUUUGUAAACGGUAACCGGACAGGAAUCGGCUUGUAGGACUCUUCGCCGCUGGUAGGUAGAUACUUAUUUUUAGCGGGUAACACUGCAAGGCGCUGCAACAUAUUGCAUAUGUUGAGUUCAAAGAAUUCUAAAAAUCUUGUGACGAUCUGGAUAAUCAUAUUAUCAUCAGCAUAUAGAUAUUAUGUUUUUAGAUUUAAAAUUUUCAAAGCUUUAUCAAAAUACAAAUUAGUGUAGGUUAUUUUAAGCACGCAAUGGCUAUUUUUUCAGAACUCUAUAAGUUUUUAAUUAUGGUAUAAGAUAAUAGGUUUAUUUUAGUAAUAUGCACCUAGUUUAAUUUUAUCUGAUUAUACUAUCUUGCAUAAAAAUGCAUAAAGGAUAUUGUCGAAAUAUAAAGUUGAGAAAUAUACCAAAAUAUUACAUAUAUAGUGUCCUCGUAUGUAGGUACCUAUACCCAAAUAUUUUAUAAUAGGGAUAUGUUUCUAGUGCGUCAAAACCGAGGUGAACCAAAGCGGCUAAUUGUCUUAAUUUCAUUGAGUCGUAUAGUAGAAAAGUAAAGUUAUUUAAAUAAAUAAUAUCUAAAUAUUGCAUACAAUUUUGAGUUGUGUGUUCAGGAACUGUAUACACAUAAAUAUACACAAAAUUGUGCAUGUGUGAGCUCAGUGGUGUAGCUAAAUUUGGAUCAUUUUUUACGGUGAUUUUGUAGGCACGUAACAUAUCUAUAAAAUAAAAUAUCUUUGGGUAUACCUACCAAAGAGAACAUAUAGGUAGGUAAAUAAGAUAUAGAUAACGAUUUUGGCUUGUAUGGACUGUGAUUUAAAAAUAACUGGUUGUAACUAUAAGAUUAGGUAUUUAUAUUUGUGGCCUUCUACUUGUUUUUGGAAGUGGUGUGCACAGUAUUUUAUAAAAUUGGAUAAAUAGACAAGUAGGUAUGCAAAAUUUUUUCCCGAACCACAAUAAUUGAUCAAUUGAUGCCUCAUGCUAUCGAUAAAAAUCGUUAGAUGGGCCCCUCCAUACUAAAUUUGAUGCCUCAUGCAUCAAAAUCGACUCAGUAAUCUAGUAUGUUAGAUAAUAGCCUGUAAGUUGAACUAUGCGCAGUAACACAUUUUCGGGUGUUAGCGACGUGUGGUAAUUGAUGCUACGAGUAACCAUAGCAACACGUUAACGAACAAUUGCAAUGAGCAAUCGCGUACCAAAGUUUCUAUUUAUUUGACAUCUUUAAUGUACUGGACAACCACGGAGCACUCGUCUAACACUUUUGUUUAUAAUUGUACCACAGACAACUGUGAUUUUGGUUCAAUUUACUUGGCGGGGCCUACAUCCUAUAGGACAGGGUUUCUCAAACUUUCGGCUCCACGAACCCUUGUUAAAAUUUCCAGUUUGUCAGUCCAAACAAUUGACAGCGAACCCCUUACUAACUAAUGAACCCAGCCCCCCCCCCCCCAAAUUAAUUUGACUGUUGAAGAAAAUAAGGUUUAAAUUUGAAUAAAAGUUAACACAUAAAGUACCAACAUGUCUUUGUAAUAUUAAUGUGAUAGGUGUGCUUGUUUCUUGUCGCAAAUUGAUUCAAUAUUAGGAGUAAUUUUGUACAAUAUUAACCUUAACUCUGACUCGGUAUCAGUUAUCAAGCCACCAUUACGUAAAUCUUGUCGCGAACCCCCUGCCGUCGAAUGGCGAACCCUUAGGGGUUCGCGUACCCCAUGUUGAGAAACCUUGUUAUAGGAACAUCUGUAUCGUAGUACAAAAUAACUAGCAAAAAGAAGUUAAUUAUUCUAUGCUUAUUUAUGCCAAUAAAAAAACGCAAAAU